AUGCAGGUUUCGUCGACGUCCGUGGGUGAAAAUCUCAAGGCUGUGAAAGAAAAGAUCAGUACGUGUUGUUCUCAGCACAACCUGGCUCCUCCCAAUCUCGUUGCCGUUAGCAAAUUCCAGCCCGUUGAGACCAUCCUUGAGGCCUACCAAGCUGGCCAGAGAAUGUUCGGAGAGAAUUAUGUACAAGAGAUUGUGUCAAAGGCACCAUCGCUUCCUGAAGACAUUCAAUGGCAUUUCAUUGGAAUGCUGCAGAGCAAUAAAGCAAAGCAGCUCGUCUCUGGGGUGAAAAAUCUCGAAGUCGUUGAAAGUGUCCAUAGUGCGAAGACAGCGACAGCUUUGAACAAUGCUUGCAUGUCUGCAGAACGAAGGUCUCCUCUCAAGAUCUACAUACAGGUCUUGACGUCUGGAGAGGAAAGCAAGUCUGGUUGUCUUCCGGAGGAAGUGAUCGAGAUCGCUCAGCAUGUGAAGAGCCAUUGCCCUGCUCUUGAGCUGAAGGGGUUGAUGACGAUAGGAAAGCUAGGUGAUCCCAACCCCGAGCCUUACUUUGCUCUCUUGCGCGAAUGCAGGAAGAAACUGGCGGAAUCGCUGCAGAUGGAAGAGACCGAUCUGCACCUGAGCAUGGGAAUGUCUGGGGAUUUUGAGAAAGCAAUCGCGGCUGGCAGCACGAGCGUACGUGUUGGCACAAGCAUAUUUGGUGAAAGGCCACCAAAGCAAUAA